AAGCAUUCAGAAAAUAUUUUUAUUUUUGGACAAUAUUAAAAAAGUUGCCUGACUUUUUCCUGACAUAUUCAUGACUUCCCUGAUCACUGGACACCCAGAAAAUGAUAUAUUUAAAUUUACGCGCUGAAAUUCUCUUUCACCUUUAUGUCCUUUGACAGAAGCACACCAUAAAUAAAUAUAGUGCAAAAAAUUUACAAUUACAUUAUUUAUUUUAUUUUUUAUUCAUUUCACGUAUUUUUCUCAUAUUCACAUAAUAUUCGCAUUAAAUAUUAUAAAAUACUCUUAACUAAAUAAGUUUAAAAGCUAAAUUAUAGAUAAUAAAUUUUAGGGGAGGAUGGAAAUUGAGCAAUCCAGUGUGACGUCACAACGCGUCGGUAAAAGCAAUAUCUGUACGUAGUUAACACGCGUGGGGCAUGUUUACAUUGCUUUUAAUAGCAACUUGUCAGAAUUUGCUAUUAUAAUUAAAAAAUUAAUAUAAAAUGCCUGCCACUUGUCUUGUGCUUGACUGCAAAAGUCGUAGUGGAGUUGAUUCCGUGAAAUUUUUUCGAAUUCCAGUGGCUAGGAAAUUAAAAUCGGAAGAUUUGUGUAAAUUGGUACAUGACCGGCGAGAAAAAUGGUUACGUGUUUUGAAACGAGGUGAAUUAACUGAAACCCAACUAAAAAAUGGACGAAUUUGUUCUAAACAUUUCAUUACAGGUAUGUAUUAAUUAAAUUUUAUAAUUUGAAGAAAUAUAUGUACAUAUUAUACAUGUUAUUGUAUUGUAUAUAUAGUACAUAUAUAUUACAUAACCUAUAUAUAGCUAUGGAAUACACGCAUCUAUGUUUAUAUAUUGAAUGACCAGAAUUAUCAGAAAAAUAAUUAAUAUUAUACACAAUUAUAUAUGUAUGUAUUAUAAUAAUUCUUUUAAGGUAAACCAGCUGCAUUUUAUGAAAGUCAUGAUCCCGAUUGGGUGCCGAAUCAACACAUGGGAUACAGUGUAGGUGUUAUGUUAAAGAAGCCCUCGGAUGUAGAAAGAUACGAGAGGACAAAAAGAAGAGCUUACCAGAAACUUUCAAUUUUAAUUGAAAAAAGCAUCCCACAUGUUGAAGGAGCAGAUUCACCGACCGAGGUUUCAUUUCCGAAUCUAGUGAUAGAAACCAAUGAAAUCGUUUCAUUGCCAAAGGAAAACGAAGCAGUUUCUGAUGAGCCUCUGCCUAAGAUGUUAAAUGCAGGCAUUCAAACUGAUUUAACAUCAUGUUUGUUGGAACUUAAUUUCGAUGAUAUGUGUAUAUCAGAUUCUCUUAUUCGUGACCUUAAAAAGAGGCUUAGAAAGUUUGGUUUGCACGAGGAAGCGUUUAAAGAGAAUGACACAAGGACUAAGUAUUUAACUGGUUUAGAGAAUUCGAAAAUCCUAUUCCUUAUCCAUGAAACAAUUGCUCCUUAUCUUCCUAUGAAUAAUACUAAAUUGUCCACUUUUCAACAACUAGUUUUAACUUUGAUGAAACUUAGGUUAAAUUUGGAUUUUAAGUACUUGGCUGAUAGGUAUAGCGGUUUGCGUUUAUACAUAGUUGUGUAUUUGUAUAUAUCAGGGUUACCACGGUGUCGGGGGGGUUUGUUAAAAUUCAUUAUCUGUACUAAAAAUUUUCUGUCAGGGAAAAGUCAGGGAAAUUGA